AUGCUUGAAUCAUUAGUUGAAAAAUUAUUAAACAAAUUUCUUGCGCCAUAUGUUGAAGGGAUUGAAAAGAAUUUGCAUUUGGGUGUUUGGUCAGGAAACAUAGUUCUUGAAAAUUUAAACCUGAAACCGCAAAUAACCGAAAUAUUAGACUUAUCUUUUAAAAUCGUACAUGGAAGUAUAGGUCAAAUAAAUAUUCAAAUCCCAUGGAGUAGCCUUGGGAAAAAUCCGGUAUGUGUGUUUAUUAAAAAUGCACACAUAUAUGUAAAACCACGACAUUAUAAAAAAAGUGAAAGUGUUUUAAUUGAUGAAUUGCGAAAAGCAAAAAUGCAUAGACUCGAGUUAUUAGAAGAAGAAAUAUCUCUAAUUAAGCAGCAAAAAAACAAAGAAAAACCAGCUGAAAAAUCAACACUUAUAUUUAAAUUGUUAAACAAAAUUAUUAAUAAUAUUCAAAUCGAUAUACAAGAUGUAUUUAUUCAUUUUGAAGAUAUUGAAAGAAACUUUUUCAUUGGAUUUAUUUUAAAGUCUUCUUCUGUAAAAAAUUUAAAAAAAAAAGAUGAAAGAUCAUCUGAAACGAAUAAUGAUUCGGAAUCUAAGAAAUUAAAUCAUAUUAUUGAAUUUAAAGGGUUAUGUAUUUAUAGUAAUAGCAUUGUAAAUAAAAAAAAAAGAGGAAAUAAGAAAAGUAAAAAGAAAGGAAAAAAGGAAAACACAUUGAAAAAAAAAAAUAGUAAAGAUAUUACUCACGAAACAGAUCGAAUUAAUAAUAAUCCUACAAAUGAUUAUAGUAAAAAAGAAACAUGUUCUGAUACUGAAAACAAAUUUAAUGAUAAAAAUAGUAGAGAACAAAAUGGAGGUUCAGCAUCACCAAUAAAUGCUGAUGAUAAAAAACCAUCUAAACAAUAUAAUAAUGAUAAUAUAGAUUCUAAAUUUAAAUUGAGUAAUGAUCAUUUCGAUAAUGAUGAAGAAAAUGAUUAUUUAAAAAAAACGCUAGCUAAUAUAAAUUUAUUUUAUAAAUCUGAUGAUCAUAAAAUGUUAGAUUAUAACAAUUUUGAGUAUUUAAUUAAACCAUUUGAUUUAGUAUUGCCUGUUGAACAAUCUAGUAAUAAAAAAGAAUUAAAAGCUCGAUUAGAAAUAAGUGAUAAAUGGGAAGGUAUAACAUUAACAAGAACUCAAAUUACAAAAAUAAUUGAAAUAAUGAGCGAAGCAAAUAAUUCCCGAAAUGAAAUAAAUAAAUUAUUAUUAAAACAUGCAUCUACUGUUAAGUUAGAUGUUGAAUCAUUAAGAAAUGAGACAAAAAACGAAUUUAUAAACUUGUAUAAUAAAAUUUUAGGUGAAGAAUAUAAUAUAUCAAAAAUCGAAUUAACAAAAAAAGAGCAAAAUCGAUUACAAAUUUUAUAUGAUGUGGUUGGUGUUAGACAUUUAGCUAAAUGGAGAUUGCAAUGUAGAGAUACAUUAGAAAAAAUAAUAGAAGAAAAAAAUUGCAAAAAAAAAAUUUUAUAUGAUUCUAUAUACAAACAACAAUCUUGGUGGUCUUGGGUAACAGGGAAUAAAAAGGAUAUUGAAAAUAAAGUGCAAAGCAUUUUAAAAACUGAACAAGAUUUUAUAAAUGAACACGAAUUAAAUAUAUUACAAGAAGCAGUAGUAAAUGAGGAUAAUUAUGAUGUAGUUAUUCCAACAAAAUACGAUUUCCAAUUUAAACUUUCUAAUUUUUCUAUUAAUAUAUAUGAUGAUAGUAAGAAAAGAAAAUAUAUUAUAAAUAAUAGAAUAAAUAGUAAAAAUGAUGAUAAAUUUAAUGAACAAGAGCAAGAAUGUAUAAAGGGAGCUUCAAAUAAAAAUAAUGAAAAAUAUAACGAGAAUACUCAUAUGAAUAGUGAUUGUAAUAAUACUGGAAAUAAUUUAAAUAAUGAAUUGUGUUUAAGUGGAACUAGCGAAAGCUCACUAAGUACUAAUUCAAAUAUAAGUUCUCUAAACAGCAUAUACCGAAAUAAAAAUAAAUUGGAUUAUAACGAAAUAAAUAUAUUAUCAAUAAAUUUUUAUCAAAUAUAUUCUUCUUUAUCAUUACAAUCAGUAGUUGAUCAUAAUGAUAAUGAUAAUUUCCAAUGGAAGUUUAUAAUUGAGCUACAAAACUUUGUAGCAAAACAUAGAAAUCAAAUAUUUAUGGAAUUUCGAAAUACAAAAAAUGCAUUUUCACAUAACAUUAACAAUUCAGAAAAUAUUUAUCAAAAUCCGAUAUAUCACUCCUUAUUGUAUAGUCAAAGUUUAUGUGCAUAUUUAGAAAUCAACCAUUUAGUUACCGAAAAAGGGAAUACAUUGUCUACACUUUUACGAUUGAAUCCAUUAGAGUUAUAUUUAUCACCUUUACUUAUAAAUAAUAUUUUAUCAUUUACAUUCCCCUUAAUGGAUAUAAUUAAUAAUAAGGAUAUCACUUCGACGAGAAGGUACAAAGAAAAGGUAGAAAAUGCACAACUAGUCAAAGGUGAAAUCGGAGAAGACGAAGAAAGAACUGAAACAAAUGAAGUUGUAGAAGACACUGAAAAUGAUGAAGAUAAUGAAGAAGCAUUAUUACAUAUUAAAAAAAUGGAGCAAUCAGAGUUAAUUGAGGGAUUGAAAGAAAAAGGAGAAAAUGUUUAUAAUAGAGCAGUUCAACAUUUACCAGAGAUGUUUGAAUUUUAUAUUCAUAUAUGUGGUCCAAUAUUACAUUUUGACAAUUUAACAAAUGGUAUAGUAAAUUUACAUUUAGGUAAUUUAAUUGCAAGAACAGAAUAUCCAUGUGCUUAUAACAAAUUUAAUUUAAUAUUUGAAUUUAAUGAAACCCAAAUAACAUGUUUGAAGACAUCAAAUUUUAAUCAUAAUAAAUUGGAAUGGCAUCGAAGAAAGCCUAAAGAUAGUAGUAAAAAUACAUAUUCAAGCACGGAGGGAAAUGUAUCUGAAAUAAAAGGAUUGAAUGAUGGUAAAUUAUUUGAUCGAGAUGCUGACCAAAUAAAUGGUGGUGAAAAAGAGGAUGAUAGUCUAGAAAACAACUUUUGCAAUAAUAUAAAAGAUAAAUAUAUCGAAGAUGAUAAAUUUUAUAUAUUACAACCAAUACCAGUUAAGGUAUAUGUUGAGUAUGAUUUAAAGAUAUUAAAAACGAAUAUAAUAUUAGAUGGUAUAUUUUUUCAAAUAAAUCCUGAUGCUGUUAGUAUUAUAUUAGCAGUACCAACAUCUAUCACUAGAUAUUUAACACGUUUUUAUUCUAAAAAUAAAAAAGAAGAUGAAUCAUUUAAAAAUAAACGAAAAAAUAAUGCCGAAAAAAAGGGUAUCGAUGGUAAAGGGGAUGAGAAUGUUGAAACAAAUCCUCAAAAUACAUGUGAAAAUGAUAAAAUAAAGAACACUAAUGUGAGUACUAAUUUGUUGGAUGAUAAUAUUAAAAAAGAAGAAAAGACACAAUUAGAAGUUAGUAAUAUAGACAAAAAAAAUAAAACUGAAGAAGAAUCGUUUUUAUAUGAUAUAGAUUUUUUGAUAAAAACUUCAUCUUUUUCUAUUAAAAAUAGUAAGAAUUGCGAUAUACUUAAAUAUGAAGCUUGUGGUAUAUCAUACAAAAAUUAUUUUCAGAAAAAAAAAAAAAUUAUAAAAAUAGAAAUCGAACAAUUAUGGAUAUGUGAUCCAAGUAAUAAACAACCAAUUUUUUUUACAUUAGCCAAAAAUAUAAAUUCAAAAGAUGCUUAUCCUUUUAAAUAUAUUUCAGCAUAUUUAAAGGAAGACAAAUACAAUAGUCUGAAUAAUACGAAUACAAAUGAUAUAACUAAAAUAUCAAAUAGUAACAAAAUGUUAAAUGAAUCUAAUUUUGAUACGAAUGAAAAGUAUGAGCAUGAUGAUAAUAAUAAUACAGGAUAUUUGGAGAGAUUUCAAUCUGCUCAUAGAUUAGAAGAAUUUAUGUUAUCGAGUAGUAAGAUUAAUGAAAACGGAAAUGUAGAAAACAAUAAAUUUUUUGAAAUGCCAUUUAGAAGUGCAAAUAAUUUUGAUGAUAAAAAUAACAACGUUGAUGGGAAUAAUGAUAUUAAAGACAAAGAUAAUAAAAACGAAAUGAAUGACAAUAAUAAAAAUGCAAGUGUGAAUGAAAAUUGGAAUGAAGGGAAUAAAAAUUGCUACCCAUCUUUAUACAAAGAAAUGAUGGAUGCAGAUAAGUUCGAUUUAAUAAAUAAUGAAGAAGUUGAAAAUUUUGAUAAUUAUGGAAAUGAUAAAUAUAUAAAUAAAGAAAAUAAAAAAAAUUCUAAUGGAAAAUUAGAAGAUAAUGAUGAUGACGAUUUUAUGGAUGCUAUAGAAGAAAAACAAUUGUCUAUAAAUUUACAAAUUAUACAAAAACAUAAUGAAAAUAAUAUUGCGCAAAUACAUGUUGAUUUUAUCGUAAGUGAUAUUGAAUUACACUGGAAAUAUAAAACAAUAAAACAAAUUUUUAAAACGAUGAAAGAGUAUAAAAAUAUAUUGCAAUAUGGUAUAGAAAAGGAUAUGAAAUAUAUAAAAAAUAAAUUAAAAAAUGAAAAAGAAUUAAAAAAUUAUAAAAUGUUUAUUUCUGAACACACUUUAAGAAGUGUCCAAGAGACCUUAAAAAAUGUAAAAAAUUCUUUAAACAUUUUAGACAUAAAAGCAUCUACACAAGCUACAGAAUCAGGGGACAAUCAAAAUGAUAUAAAUGAAAAUAACACUGUUGACAAAAAUGAAACAAUUAAUCGAGGAAGUUUGCAAAAGGAUCAGCAAUUUGAGGGUUUCCCUGGUGAGAACAAUAAAAAUUUAAAGGACUUGAAUAUUUCUAACGAAUACAACAAUAAGGAGAAAAAUAAUGUGGAAAAUGAGAAUAGUGAUGUUAUCCUUAAAAAUGGACUAAAUGAUACACUUCCCAAAUUAUUUGGAGAAGAAAAUUCGUAUGUAAAAUAUUUCUUUAAUUGCUAUGUAAAAAGUGCUUCUUUAUCAUUUUGGGAAAAAAAAAAAAUAUUCUCAAAAAUCCAAGUGAGUAAUAUAUUUUAUGAAAACAAUAUAUACUUAAAUUAUGAUCAAAAAAUGUUUAUAAAUAUUGAAAAGGGAAUUAUUUCGAUGAAUGGUAAAAAUAUAAUUUCUAACAACAUUAAUGACUAUACAUAUGAUUUAUUUAUAUCAAAAAAAAGAAAGGAAUAUAUUGAUGAAUCUGGAUAUGUAGAAAAUGAUAUUAAUAGUGUAGAAAGUAGUAAUCAAAAUAUUUUGAAUGGAAGUUCAAAGGACAAUAUAGGUUACAACGAUGAUGAGUAUAGAACCUUGAACGAUCGAAAAAAUAGUAAAGAUAUUUUUAACUAUAUAACAGUAGCUAAUUUGUCGGACGAAAUAAAAAAACGGAAAGAAACGAUGACUCCUAAUAAGAAAAAACAAUUUUUAUUUGUUGGAAAUGUAAACGUUUACAAUGAUAAAAGAUAUUACAAUACAUGUAUGAUGUGUGAUAUUUCAGGAAUAUAUUAUAUUUUUUAUUUGCGUGAUUUAAGGUUAUUUUUAGAAUAUUUAGAUGACGGUAUAUUAAAUGUCUUCAUUAGUAAAUCGUAUAAAAAAGUUGUACAAGUUGCUCAAGAAAAAUACUUUUUAUUUCAAUUCACAAUUGUGGAUCCGAUUGUUAUAAUCCCAGAGGAUAAAAAUAUAAUAUAUAAUUACAAGGGACAAGUAAAAGAUACUUCUAAGUAUGAUCAAGAUACAAAAAACAAUGAGAAUAUUAGUAGUAAUAAUAACAAUACUGACUUAAAUAAUGAAAACAAUGGAAAGCGAGGCAGUAAUAAUAAGUGUAUACCUUAUAUUGAAUCGUACUUGAAAUUUCAUUUAAGUACGUUGAAAUUUAAAAAUGCUUACACCAAAAAUUGUGCAGAAGAGAUUGUAUUAAGACAAAGAAACGAAAUAAAACAAAAGAGAAUGAGAAAGGAAAAAAGACGAACAAAAUACAAAUUAAAAAAAAAAAAAGUGAUAAAAAAAAAUAGUAAUGAUCAAAAAGUUAUCAGUAAAGGAGAUAAUGAAAAUGCUGGCGAUAGUUUAAGUAAUGGUGAAGGAAGGAAUAGUGGAGAUAGUAAGCAUAAACAAAAUAAACACGUGAAAAUAAAAGAAGAUAAAGGGAAUUAUGACUUAACUUUAGACAGAAAAAGUUUAAAUAAUGAAAUGAAUAAUAGUCAAGGAAACAAUAAUAUUAAUAUGUUUGAUUCAAAUAAAAAAUAUGAUUUUACAUUAUAUGUUGAUUUGCUAGAUAUAGAAAGUAUGGCAUGUGAAAAUGGAGGGAGUACAAAUAUCGAAGGGAAUAUUUUACACAAAAUUGAUAUUGGAUUAUGCUUAUUAAGUAGAAAAGAUGGAAUUUUUAUAUUUUUUAAUGGUAAAGAUUUAUGUUUAGAUUUAACUGUUUAUCAGCUUAGAUUUUUAUUAGAUAUAAUAAAUGAAAAUUUUUGUUACAAGGGUUAUUUCCCUAUGUGUUUUAUAUGUGAUAAAAAUAUUGACAUCGAUAAUAUGCUAGAUGCUGAAUUAUUCAGGAAAGGGAAUAUUGCUUUAAACAAUUUAAAAUACAAAGAUGUAAAUAUUAAUAAUAGUCAUAUAAAAAAUGAUGAAGAAGCUGAUGAAAAAAAACACCAUAUGACAAAUAAAAAUGAUAAAGUUUCUGAAGAUAAUACUAGUGGAAAUAAUUCGAACUUUAAUACUGAAGAGAAUGAUAAUAAUGAAAUGAAAAAUAAUAAUUCUAUUCUUAAAGAUACCAACAAAACUGAUGGAAUUCGAAAAAAUGGAACGAAGUUUUAUGCAUAUAUAAAUUUAGAGAGUUUAAAAGUAAAAACCUCUUUUGAUAAUAAUAUCCCUGUUGCUAUAAUUACAUUUCAAAACAUUAGUAUAUCUUUUGACUUAAUUCUUUUGGACUUUUAUUACAUAUAUUUUUUCAAUUUAUAUAGUACGUCUUUGUAUAUUGAUGAUGUUAGAAAUGGAUCGGUUAACUAUUAUAAAAGAGUUGCUUAUUGUUGCAUUGAGAAUGAGAUGAAUAAAAAACGAAGCAAUAUGGCUGCCAAAUAUGAAGGAAGUGUGAAAUUUCGUGAAAAGAGCUCUGAUUUUGUUUCCCCUGCUGCUAGCGCAGAUAGAGAUCAUAAUAAUAGCAUUAAUAAUAAAAUAAACUCGAAUUCCAGCUGUGCAAUUGAAAGUGGGGCAUCGGUAAAUGGUCAAGGAAACAGGAUUAUUUGUAAUGGCGCGAAUCAAAGCCUCGAUGAAAGAUACGAAAUUAAUAAUUAUAAAAGUUUACUAAAUUACAUGUUUGAUAAUAAUGUUUUUUUAAAUGAGAGAAAAAAAAAUAUAAAACAGAAAGGAAUAAAAAUAAAAAUAAAUUCAUUUAUAGAAGAUUUAUUACUAAGUAUAGAAUUAGAUGAUGCUUAUAUUUGUUGCUUUUUUGUUAUAUUUAUAGACAUUUAUAAAUUUUUAUCAACUGGGUUUAAUUUGAGUACAUUGCAUUUAUAUCCAAAACCAUCACCCUAUAUUGUAUCUAACAAAUAUUAUAAUAAUAAGAAUAGCAACAUAAAUAAUAGUAUAGAUGAUGGAAUGGAAAAACGGGAACCAGAAGAUAAAGAAAAAUCGGGAAAUUCACAAUUACCUGAAAAGAAGAAAAAACCUAAAAACGAAAAGAAGGAGAAUAUCAAUUCAACAAAAAUUUUAAAUAAAGAAAAUUAUAUAAAAGAACUAAUAAAAGAUGAUAAAAAUCAAAAAAUUACUAACAUAAAUGAACUAUUAAAAAUGGAUAAUAAACCUAUCCAUAUAGACUUCAAAGUUAAUAAUGGAAAUUUUAUUUUAUUUACAAAUUUAGAAAAUGUAAACCAUCCAAUAAUUAUGUGGUCGAAUAAUUUUGUUUUUUCUUUUUCUCUAUCAAAUGGAUGUAUUUUAUUUAGGAAAAUAUAUGCAAUAGAUAGUAAAAUUAAGAGGAUUAAUUAUGUGAAUAAUCCUAUAAGAUUAAACCCAAAUAUGAUUUCAAAUUAUUCUAGGAUAUUCAAGAAUAAUAAUAAAAUGGACGGUAUAAAUGUUUCUAACCCUCUUCACAACUACCAUAAAAAAAAGAUUUUGUUAUGUGAAAAUUUAAAUGUAAUUGGUGAAGCUAUUUAUGAAUCAGUUGAUACAAAAAAAGAGAAUUAUAUAAUAAAAAAAAAUAUAAAAAAAAAAGAUCAUCCUCAAUUUAUAUCCGUUUUUGAAAUUGAUUUAAAUAUAAGUAAUUUUGAUAUUAGACUAUCUAAUGAUGAUGUUGAAAUUUUAUUAAAAGCUUCGUCUACUUUAUUUGGUGAUGUACCAAGUGCUUAUACAAAUAUCGCAAUUGGCACAGUUACACCUCCUGUUAUAUUUAUACAUCGAAAAAUUAAAAGUAUAUUUAUGAGAAAUAACAUUUUUUUUAUAAGUAAGAGUACGAAAGGAAAGAACGAUACAAUAAAUGGUUUGGAAAUAACAAAUUUGAAUAGAAUUAGGAAAAUUGAAAAGGUUGGAAAAAAACAAAGAGGUAUAUUUGAAAAUAAUUCAAUAGUGCCUGGAAAAGAAAAAAAUGAAUUAAAAGUUAGAGAUGAUGUAAUAGAAGAUUUUGAAUAUUUUGAACGUAUAAAAAAUAAUGAUUGCUCAAAAAAUUUAGAAAAUGCAAAGGAUAAGCGAGAAUUAAUAUUAUCCGAAUCAAGCUAUAAUAAUAAUAUGGUUGAAAAUUCUGCUUACAAUGGGGAAUAUGAUUCAUCGGCGUAUUCUAAUUCUAUUGAUUCUAAUUUGUGGUACUUUGAAAGCAAUAACUCAGAUGAAUUAUAUUCGAAAAUGUCUAUAAAAGGAAACGAAUCGGAAUUAGAUACAAAUACUACUAAAACUAACGCCUAUAAAGAUAUAAAAAUAAAUAUUAAAUUGAAUAAUGUUAAAUGUACAUUUAUUAACGAUGUCAAAAACGCUAUAGUUCCAAUUAUAAGGAUGACAUUUAGUAUGGAUAUAAAAUUGCGUUUUUAUACAGAUGAAUGUUCAUAUAUUAUAAAUUGUUUAAAUUCGAAUAUAGAAUAUUUUAAUAAUUGCAUUGGUGAGUGGGAACCAUUUCUGGAAAAAUGUAACAUAUCAUUAGAUGUGCAUAAAGUAUUACCAAGUGAUCUAUAUAGCGAAGAUAUUGAAUCUAUUAGAACCCCUAUUAGUAUUAUAAAAAUAAACAGUGCUAAAGCUUUAUGGUUUAAUAUUACGCCACAGUUGGUUAAUUUGCUUUUUAUGUUUGUUCCAGUUUUUUGGGAAAAGGUUCUUAAUGGGUUAAAAAGUAAGAGGGAUGCAAAUUCAAUUAAUCAGGAACAUAUGGAAGGAAAACAAAACGAGAACAUUAUGGAAAAUAACGAAAUUAGCGAAGCUAGUAAACAAGGGAAUGAUGAUAAGAGUGCUUAUGAUCGAGAUUUGGAAAGAUUGAUAUACAACCAUGAUGAUAAAAAUAGUGUAAGCAUGUCAAUUCCCACAAGUACAAAUAACGAAGAUGUCAGUGUAAUGAGUAAUAAAAGAGAAGAUAAGAAAUCCAAAAGUAUAUAUGAAGAUUCUUCAUCUAUUUUUGAUGUAAUUCCUGAUGGUGCAGAUGAAAAUAAAUCGAUGGAUUUUCAUUUAGAUAGUUUUUUGAAAAAAGAAGAAACUGGAGAGGCAAUAGAUCCAAUCGAAGAUAACUCAAUUAUAUAUUAUGUUAAUCUAACAAGCGAUUAUUAUUAUGCUUUUGCUAUGCCUGAUCGUAGUAGCGAAUAUAUGAAAUAUGACUGUGGACGAACAACGAUAAGAAAUGGACAUAAAAUGAAUACCCGUCAAGAUACAGUUAGAAGUGAUAGUAAUAGUAACAAAAAGAGCGAGACACUUGAUCCACACAUAGGAAAGAAUAGAGAUAACUACGAUAAAAUGAACGUUGAUUCUGCAAAUGGAGAAAAAGGAGGAAUGAAAUAUAGAUAUUAUAAUAGUAUUGAACACGAGGACAUUGACAUAACACGAUAUCUACCAGAUGUAUAUACUAAAAUAAUAACUACUAAUGAAUUAAUAUCAUUAGACGAGCUAUUAGUAAAUGAAAUAGGUAAUAAUACAUUAAUAGAAAAAAAAGAUUUAUACUUAUAUUUGAUACCUAUUCCUCCAACCAACAUAGUAAAUACACUUCAUGAAAUGUUUAUUAAUAUAAGUAAACGAGAUAUAGUUUUAGAUUUAAUGAUAACAAAAAAUCCCCAAAAAACUAUUGAAAAUUUAUUAUCCUACAAUAAUUUAAGAAAUAGUAAUCCUAGUAAUAUUUCGAUUGAGAAUAGAGGUAAGCUAAAAGAUGGUUUAGAUUUUAAGGAUUACAAAAUUAAGGGAGCAUACUACACAGACAAUUCAUCUAUUAUUAGUGGAGAAAAAAAGAAUAAAGAUGAUAUAAAUACGAUUUCUGAAAAAUUUAAUAAGGGAAAUAAGUCGGUUAGCUAUUUAGAUGAUACGGGUAGUAAUGCCCCAACUUAUGAAAAGACGGAAACAGAUUUAACAAAAGGAGAAAGUCAUUCAUCUUGUUUAGGUGAUGAUUCUUCACUUAAAGAGAAGCGUGAUAAGUGCACCGAAGAAGGAGAUGAAAAUAGUGAGAGUGGAAAUUUAGAUAGUGAUAGCGAACUUUAUGAGGAAGAAUAUUAUAGCGAAAUAAGUAAGGGUGAUGAAGAUAGUGAAGGGGAUAGUGUGGAUGAAUAUAAUGGUUAUGAUAAUAAUACUGCUUUUAAUAUUAUAGAAAAAGUUAACAAAAACAAUAAUAUAUAUUACUACUUUAACAAAAAAAAUAUAAAUAAUAUAAAAAGGAAGUUGUAUAGUAAUUCAAUAUUUCCAGCUAAUAAAUUUGUGGGUCCAUUUUUAAAAAGUUCAGAAUGUGUGAUGAUAAAUUUAAUUAAAAAUAGUUGUACUUCACUAAAUACAGCAUUGAAAAAUAAUAAUGUAAUUCAUGUAAUAAGUCCAAGCGAUUAUAUAUUUAACGAAACUGAAGCAAGUAACGAUAGUUUUGGUAAUAUGAAUAGUAGUAAUAAUAAUAUUAACAGCAAGAAAAAAACGUAUAAUGGAAAAAAUAAAAUGGAAAACAAUAAAAAGGAUGGUAAUAAUUACGAAGUUAUAUUAAAUAAAGAAUAUAUCAAUCAAGAAAAUAAAUUAGAACAAUUAAACGACGAAAUAAACAAACAAACAAAUUUGGCAUAUAAAUACAGAUCGAAAAAUAACUGUCUACCACAAAAACCAAUGUUCGAAACAAUAUGUGAAAUAAUAUCACCUAUGCCUAAUUAUAAAAUAUUAUUUAUGUCUUCAACAGUCAGAAUUAUAAAUAAAUGUGGUAUACCAUUAGAAUUUUCAUUUUUUGAUACAUCUAAAACUCCUAUUUUAUUAACAUCAUUAAAAAACAGAACAAUAGAUUCCAGCAUAUUAUAUCCUAAUCAUAGUGACUCGUUUAAAAACUAUAAAGUAUCAAAUAGUUUAAAUAUUAAUCCCAAUAUUAAAAUAAUACAAAAGAAUACAAAUUUAAGUUAUACUGUUAUAUUAAAUCAUGAAUAUUUACUUUCUCCCCCUGAAUGUGCAUUUUAUGGUCAAUCCCAAGUAUAUUUAUCAUUUAAGCCUUUAAAUCUGGUUAGUGACAAAAACGAUUAUUAUUACAUAUCAAAUGGGGCUAAUAUUCGAGAUGUCAGUACCAGUAUGGAAAAGUAUAAUAUUGAUGAUACAAAUGAAAAUACUAAAAGAAGUAGUUGUACUGCUUCUAACGAAGACUAUAAUAAUGAUGAAGAUUUGAGCCUAUCAAAUUGUGAAAAAUGGGAAAAUGAAUUAGCUGAUUGUUCUUAUAUUAACAUAGAUAAUGGAUGGUCUGACAUUUUCAGUUCAGAUAUAUCACAAGGAACUUAUGUGAAAAAAUGUAAAGUUGUUGACAAUAGAAACAUGAACGAACGAACUGGAAUAACGGCAUCUACUAUUAGCAGUAGAAGUAAUAAUAGCUAUUUGUAUUUUUUAGUAAAAAUUGAGCAUAAAAUAAGUGCAUUGCCAGCAGAAAAAAACAUAAGGAUAAUUACAAUAUACCCACAUGUUAGUAUAGUGAAUACUAUUCCGGCGUUAGUAGAUAUUAUUAUGAUGUCUGAAGCUACAGAGGAAACACAAAAUAAUUAUAUUAAUGAAGAGAAGAUAAGAAUUGAUAUGUUAAAAAAUAAGAAAAUUAAAUUAAUAAGGCAAAGUAAAGAAAUAAGUUCUUAUUUAAAUAAAAUAAAUCACAUGAAACAAAACAAUUCUGUUAAUUCAAAUGCUUCAAAAGCUUUAGAAGCGAAACGCAUGUUGAAUAAUGAAAGAGUAUAUACACAUGAAUAUAAUAGAUUAGAAAAGGAAAUAGGAAAUGUUGACCAUGAGAUAAAAGUUUUGAAAAAAGAUUUAGCAGCACGUGCAUUAAAUAACGGAUAUGUAAAUAAACGAUUAAAUCCGUUUUCUAUUUUCUAUAUAUAUGAAAUAAAGAAAUAUACGUGUCUAAAUUUAAAAAUGAAAAUUGGAAAUUCUCAAUGUGAAUGGUCAGAUAGAAUUCAUUUAGAUGAAGAUGAUGAUGAAACAAUGACACGAUUAUCAUUAAAUUUUAAAAAAUUUGCAUCGAUAGAAGUAGAAAUAAUUAAAAAUUUUAAUGGAUAUUUUAAUUCGUUAAAUAGUAUAUUAGGAAAUAAGCACCUAUAUAUUUUUUCAUUACCUAGAUGUUUUAUUGAUAGAACAGGAUUAGGUAUUAAGGCAAUAAAUUCAAAUAAAUAUUAUCCUAUAAUUAAUGGAAUAACCUUAUUAGGUGAUAAUUCUCAAAUUGAUUUAUUAUUACCUCAUAAAACAUACAAUAAUAGUAUUGAUGGCAUUAAUAAUAAUGGAAAAAAAAAAAAACAAAGAGAUAAUUUUGAUGAUAUUUUUAAUGAUUUUAACUAUCCUGUUCCUUGUGAUAACUCUUUAAUAUUAUUUAAAGCAAAUUUACCUCCUAUUGGUAGUUAUACAGAAACCAAUGUUGUAUGUAAUAAUUUCUAUUACACUUUUUGUUUAAAUACAGAAAAAAUAAAAACUACAAAUAUCCCAUAUAUUAUAAGUAGAAUAAUUACAGUUGUACCUCAAUUUAUUAUUAGUAAUAGACUUCAUUACCCUCUUUUGAUUAAGCAAUUUCAAUUAGAUCAAAUUCAGGGCGUUAGAGAAAAUGACACAUCUCCUUUAUAUUUUAUCAAAAAGCAUAACGUAUUAUUGUUCCAAUUUAAAGUGUUUGAAAUGGGAAAAAAGAACAAAAAUAUAAAUUCUAUUGAAAGCAAUAGUUAUAGUAACAAUGGUGCUGGUAGUUAUGAUAAUAAUAAAAACGAAAUGAGUAAACCUAGCAAAUAUAGUAAAAAUAUGUUUUGGUCAUCUGUAAUAUUUCCAAGUGAAAAUUUUGUUGGAUCAAAUUAUAUGGUGCUUAAUAAUGGAGAAGGAAAAGACGAAUCUGAUGUAUAUGUUAUUACUUGUAUACCUAAUAUGGGUACUAAAAAUAUAAUAAUAGAAAAAUUGGAGAAAAAAAUAAAUAAAGGGUAUAUAGCGUAUAAUAAUUCGAGCUUGGUUAAAUAUUUAAAAAUUAGAACAUUUCAUGAUGAUGCCCAUAAUUUAAAAAUGGGAAAAAAUGAUAGCAAUGAUGGUACUAAUAAACAUUUGGAUAAAAAUUUGCUACUGAACAACUUUUUAAAAGCUAGUGAUAUGGAACAUUAUUUUAAUGUUGAAUAUAAUAAAUAUAGUUAUUUAGGUUGGGUAAAUCCAUUUAUAUAUAUAUCACGAAAUAUUCAAAUAGAAAUAGUAUUACAUGAUAUGAAUGUAAUACCUAGAAGCCCGCUUAUUUUAAAAUUUGCUUCAUUUAAUUACUCUCAAAAAACAUAUCAUAUUAACUAUUUUAAUAUAACAUUUAUUAUUUCUAUUGAAUAUAUAGAAGAUUUAAUAAGUAUAAAAUUGACUCAUAGAAUUAAUUCACCAAAGGGAUUAGGUGAUAUUAAUGAGAUGAAUAUUAUGGGAAAACAUUUAAAAAAAAAAUCAAUAAGCACUGAAACAAAUACCGAUAAAAAUGUUUUGGCUAUAUCAGGGUCUAAUUGUGUUGUGGAUGGAAAAGAUAGAGAUGAGAAUGACGAAAAGAAGUAUUCAACUAAUUCAUCUGAAAUAAAGUCAUAUAACAAAAUAGAAAGUAUAGACAAAUACGAGAUAAUGAAUGAUAAUGUUGGAACGCGGGGAAUUGGAAAUGUAGCAAAAAAUAACAAACUGGGUAGAGAUAUUCCUUCUUCUUAUAGUAAAAAUAGAUAUAUAGAAAAAAAAGUAAUUGAGCAUAAUGAAUAUAAUUAUGUCAUGAAUAUUUCUGAAAGGGGAAGAAAUAGAUACAGUGUCGAAAAUAAUAAUAAUAGUUUUUAUAGUAAUAGAAAAGAAUCAAUAAAAGUUAUUAACAAUACAUAUAAAAAUGUUCAUGUAAUAUUAAACCUUACACAAAUUGGGGCAAGUAUAAUAUCUAAUAUAUUAAAAGAAGAAGUUUUUUUUAUUGAGUUAUCAAAAUUAUGUGCAUUAUUUUAUAUGAAAAAUGAAGAAGAAGUUAUUGAUAUAAAAAUUACUGAUGUUCAAAUAGAUUGCCAAUUAGAAUCAUGUAAAAAAUGUGUACUAUUAGCAAAUAGAGGAUUAAAUUCGGAUGCAUCUUCUUCAGGAAAUAAUAACAAUGGAAUAUUAAGUAAUACUGGAAGAGGAGAUCGAGGAGGAUUGUAUAAAUUAAGAAAUGGAAAUACGUCAUAUAAUGAAGAAAAUGAAAGAGAUGAAGUAUAUGAUGAGGAUGGUAAUCGAUAUGGUUCCAAUAAUGAUGUAUUUUCUAAAAAUAUAAACAAUAAUGAUGAAAAGACAUUUUUAAAUGUAUAUGUAGAAAGAUUAUUUAUAUCACAUAAUGAUGUUAUAUUUAAGAAAAUUCAAGUAUUAUUAGAUGAUAUAGAAAUAGAAAUGGAUUCAGAAACAUUAAAUGGUAUAAAUUUGUUAGUGGCUGAAUAUAUUGAAGGUAUAAACAUUAUACAAAAGAAAAAUUUACUAUAUGAAGAAAUUCAAAAAUGGACUGUACUGCCAGUAUAUGUAAAUUAUAAAUCACCUGAUAUUCCAUUAGCUAUAAAUAUACAAUACAUGCAAAUAAAUAAAUUUACGUUAAUAGUUUGGUGCUCAUUUUUAUUAGAUAAAAUGCAUAUGCUUAGUGACUUACUUAGAAUCGGACUAAGAAUAUUAAUGGUGUCAGGAAAGUUAGAAUUAUUAGGUGCACCAGUAACAUUAAAUCAAGAAAUUUUUAAUGAUAUUCGUGUAAGUAUCAAAUCAUUUUAUGCUUUAUUAAAAGAUAAAUAUAGUCACUCCAUAUUAGCUUGUCUCGGAUUUAUUGUUGGAUAUAGUAGUUUAAUAAAUAUACCUAAAAUUCCAUUAGAAAUUGGUAGAAACACUAUUGGAUUAGCUGUAUAUGCAGUUGACAAUGUUAGUGUAGGUAUUGGAAGUCUACUAUCGAAUCUUACAUUUGAUACGGAAUAUAUUAAUAGAAGACAAAAAGAAAGAAAUUUUAAAACGAAUACUAAUAUGAAAGAAGGUUUAUUAAGUGCUGUUAAAAAUAUAGGGGAAGGAGUUUUAAGUUUAUCAAAUAUUGUAACUAAGCCAAUUGAAGGUGCACAAAAAGAAGGAGUAGGUGGAUUUUUUAAAGGUAUAGGUAAAGGUGUUGCGGGAUCUUUAGUUAAGCCAUUAGAUAAGGUAGGGCAAGCUGUUUCAGAUGUAACCCGAGGUAUAAAAGCAGAAGUUUCAAAACCAAUAGGUGGGUAUAAAUAUAAAACAAAAAGACAUAGAAAACCUAGAAUGCUAUGGGGUGAAUAUGGUAAAAUAAAAGAAUAUAAUACACAAGAAGCUGAAUUAAGAGAAUGUUUAGGAUUAAGGUUUUCUGAAAAUAUAAUGAAAUGUUUAACUAUACAUAAACAACAAAAUGACCCACCUUCGCAUUACGCUUUAUUAUUAUACCCUAAAGUUAUUAUUUAUGCAAAUUUAUAUGCAAAUAUAUAUCCCAAUUCUUUUUCAAAUUCGAAAAAUAAUAAUGAUUUUACAAAUGAUAAAAAAGGUGAUAUUGUUAUAUGGUCUGUUAAAAUUGAUGAAAUUUCAGAAAUUAGAGCAUCGAGCCAUGGUCUCAUAAUACGAACUACUAAUGGCACUGUUAAUAGUGUUUAUAAAAUACCUUGCAAUAAUGCUUCACUUAUUAAUAAAAUCUAUAGAGAAUUGCAUAACUCAAAAAAUUCUAUCAAAUCGACGAUUAUAUUGGGUAAUAGUAUUUUAUCUUUGCGUCCACCCCUAUAA